AUGGCGGUGUGGGUGAAGUAUUUUGCUGAGUUUGCAAGUGAGUUGAGUGGUGUUGUGCGUGUCAGCGGUGAAGGCGAUCCCAUCAAAGAAGUAAAUGAGAUAAUCAGAUCUUAUGAAAUAGCUACACGAUCGACUUUCAUUAGAUACUGGCAGCAGGGAUCAUCCUUUGGAAAGAGCAAAGCGGAUAUUUUGCAUUCCCGUAGUCAAAAGCCAGGUCGUAUCGUUUGGAAACUUGAUGAUGGGUCUUUUUCUAAUGUUCCAUUUGUUCAUUGUGGAUCUUGUGAGCUCGAGUGCCAUCACGGCCCAGACCACUUCAAGAAAAUAAAAGCAAAACGUCAAGAGGCUGGGAAAAAAAAUGAGAAUGAAGAACAUCAAUACAGCAAGGAAAAAGUAAGACGAAUUCUCAAACAGGGCACAAAAAAACUUGACUGCCCAGCGAAGAUAAAGAUGAAACAUGUGCUGCUCUUCCCAGAUUAUGAGACUGAUGGUAUUAGUGAGUGGAAACGAAAACAGAGAAGCAAAGAAUUGUAUGGUCAUCUCCGACUUGAUCGAAACAACGUUAAGUCAGUUCAUGAGAUCCAUGUCACCCUGCCAGAUCCUAAAGAUGGACAUGUUGGACAUGUUGUUGGUCCUGAUGCACAAAUUGGUAUAAGAUGGACCAGCAAACAACAGAAACAAGAGGGGAAUCAUCUUCGGGAUGUUCUCUCCAGGUUUUGGGACUUGUCUUACUCGAUCAGGGAUCAAAAAAAGAUUCGCAGUGUGCGCCUCAAGUUGGCAAGUGUUCUUGAGGAAUUUGAGGAUAAAUCCCCAGAUUUACCACCACUACCAAGUCGCCCGGCACCUGCAAAUUUGUGCUUCAACAAGUCUGUAAAAGCAAAAGCUGUGGAUAAAGUAAGGAAGAAGUAUAAAAAGCUUCCCACUCGUCGGUAUGGAAUACAAAGAAUCCUUUUUCAAACAGACAUGGCAAAGUUGCCACCAUGAUGAAAGAGAUGUUUCGUGCCCCUGUUUAUGAGACCGCUAAAAAGAGUUCUGCAGGCGAUAUGACAAAGAAGAGUUCUGCAGACGAUAUGAAAAAGAAGAGUUAUGCAGGCUAUCUGAAAGGAAAGAGUGAUGAACUAUUUGUUGGAACAGCUGUGGCCAAAUCAAGAGUGUUUCAAGGAGGUGUCAUGGUGGCUAUGUUUACGUGUCUAUUAAUCGCUUGGGAACACGAUUUUGACGUUGUGACAUCAUCAAUGGGAUUCCGAGUGGUAAUAUAAGAUACAAGCAAGUGUAUUUGUUGACAUGGACUUAGAGAAUUUUCUUGAAUAUGGCAUCCAUAUUUACUUUUUGGCUCGCCAUAGGAGAGUCUAUACACCACUGCAGUGUCCGUCGUCGUCGUCGUCUUGUCGUAUCCUAUUUCAAAAACAGUGGCACGUUUUUUUAACUGCUAGAACCAUAAUCUUGAAACUUUGUACACAGGACCCCACAGGCCAGGUGACCUUUGAAAAUGAAUUUCGGUUCGAUCUGAUUCUUGGCUUGGCCACCAGGCGGCCAGAAGUGGAAACCCAAAAAGUGUGAUAUCUCUCUUAUGAGUGACUCGGUUUCGAUAAAAUGUUUAUGGUUGGUUCUUCCAGCAAGGAUACAUCAUGUAUCAUACAGGUUUUUGAUGUAACCUACUUUUCAAGGUCACAGAGGACAAAUUGCGUAAAUUGGCCGUUUAAGUGUAACUAUGGCAUAUUUCUUAACCGAUAAAGCUAUGAACUUAAAAUUUGCUACACAUAACUCCCUACGUCAUAUAACCGCUGACACCAAAUUUCAGUCUGAUCUGAUUCUCGACUUGGCCACCAGGUGGCCAAAUCUAAAUAAGAUAAAAAGGGCAAUAUCUCACUUAUUGGCUCACUGUAGGGGAGUCUAUUUUGUUUAAAACAACACCGCUGUGCCCGUCAUCUGUCGUCGUCAUCUGUCGUCCGUCAUCAUCAUCUGUAUAAUGUUUCAAAAACAGUGGCACGUUUCUUAACCGCUAAAGCUAUGAAGUUGAAACUUUGUACACUGGACCCCAGGUCAGGUGACCUCUGACAAUGAAUUUUGGUCCGAUCUGAUUCUUGACUUGGCCACCAGGGGGGCCAAAACUAAAAAAGGUAAAAGGGGCAAUAUCUCGCUUAUUGGCCCACCGUAGGGGAGUCUAUUUUGUUUAAAACAAGACCGAUGUGUCCGUCGUCCGUCGUCGUCUGCAUCCUGUUGAAAAACAGUGGCACAUUUCUUAAAAUUAUAAAGGUAUGAACUUGGAACUUUGUUCACAGGACCCCCCAAGUUAGGUAACCUCUGGUAAUGAAAUUCUUUCCAAUUUGAUUCGUGACUUGGCCACCAGGGGGCCAGAAAUGGAAACCUAGAAAGUAUGACAUCUCUCUUAUGAGUGACUCGUUUUCGAUAAUAUUUUUAUGGGAGGUUCUCCUAGCAAGGAUACAUCACAUAUCAUACGGGUUUUUAAUUGGAUCUAAUUAUCAAGAUGACAGAGGUCAAAUGGCGUUAAUUGGCCAUUUGAGUGAAACUAUGGCACGUUUCUUAACCGCUAAAACUAUGAACUUGAAAUUUGAUACUCUUGACUCCCUAUGUCAUAUCCGUCUGAUCCGAUUCUCGACUUGGCCACCAAGGGGCCAAAACUUGGCGAAGAAGUUUGUUCAGCGAACUGUAGCUUUCAAUAUCAAAAACAUUGUUUAUGUUGCGGAUAUCCUGACAAGGUUCAGCUUCUACAAUGUUCACAUGCUCAGUUUCGUCUCCAUUUUGAAUUUGCGUAUUUGCUGUUCGUUGCGGAUCUUUAGUUUUCCACGUUGGCCACUUUGCAGGAUCCUUAAUCUAUUGCGGUCCAUGCUACCAAAGCAGCAAGUUUUCAAGCUGAUUGCUCAUUAUUCCAAGUGUGAGGAGAUCAGCUAGGUUGUUUGAUGUUGAGCGAUACUAUGGCUUGGUGAAUGGGAAAGAGUUAAUAUCUGUCACACGAUUUCUGACAAAGACUGGCAGUUGCUUCUGGCUUUUAGUACUUAACCAACAAAGAACAAUUUGGCUAUCCGACCAGAGAAUUGUUUUUGAGAUGUUUAGGCAUUUAUGCCGUUGAUUAUGAACGAACUUGGUGAGUUGUGUGCCAAGAAGUGCGGCCAUUAACUCGAGACGAGGGAGUGUCAGUUCUUUCACUGGCGCAACCCUUGUUUUUGCCAUUACAACGCUAACUCCAUUCACACCUUGUAUGUACGUGAUUGCGCCAUAGCCCUUGAUGCUGCUGUCAACGAAAGUGAAGUGUGUACGAUUCUUUAUCCAUGUUUGGAUAAUAUUGCCUUGGCGUUUUGAUUCCUGUUGCGCGUUUGAGAUCAGUUUCAAUGUCUUUCCAAGUGGCGACCUAUUCCUGCGCCAACGGCGUGUCCCAGUCAAUACUUAAUGUCCACAGACUUUGUAUGAAUAUCUAAGCCCAUAUUAGAACAGUUGACAAGUAUCCUAGUGGGUCGUAAAUUGUAGAGACACGUCUAACCACUUCCCUCUUGGUGAGGGUUUUGGCUUGAUCAAAGGCAUACAAUUUGUAAUGUAACCAAGUGUGUCAGAACUAGUGUUCCAUUGUAAUCUGAGUAUCGGAACAAUUUCAUUCUUUUGAAGUAGUAUUUCUGAACUAUUUGAUGACCAUUCUCUCAACUUGAAACCAGCUAUUUCAAUCAUCUCAUUCGAAUCUUCGUAAUAUUUUUCUGCAUCCACAACAGUGUCUGUACCAGUUACCACAUUAUCCAAGUAGAUAUUUGACUUCAGAUCAUCUGCGAUAUCAUCACUUGUGUAUCCAUCCAGAUGAGUUCAGAUCACUGAGAGGGGUAUAGCUAGACUGCUGAUUGAUCCAAACAAGACUGAACCGAAUCUGAAUGUUAUGAAACCGCUUUCAACGUCAUCAGGAUCCUUUAGCCACAGAAAUUUCGUGAAGUCGCAACAACUUUCAUGUAAUCCAACGUUCAAGAAAGCUUUUUCGGUGUCACUCGUGAGACCUAUAGGAUGUGACCUGAAUCUGGGGAUUCUGAUCAUGAUUGCCGCCAAAUCGUUCACGGGCGCCGGCCCUUUCUCUAGACGUCAGGCUUGGUUACAUGCUUCGAUGACUUCGCACUGCAAUCAUAUACGAUUCGGAUCGGCAUGGUGAUGGAAUCCUUCUUGACUGGUCUGUGCAGCAAAUAAUGUCCGGUGAUGACGUUAUCAUCUUCCACUUGCUCGAUGAAACCUCGUUAAUGCUGUUCAGUGAGAAUUCUGUGGUAGACUUUCCUAGUCUCAUCUGAUAACUUUCUAAUCAUGUUGCAAGUGCGUUGGACUGUUGUAACUUACAGUGGAACCUCCCUUAGCAGACACCUCUCUAGUAAGGACAACCUCUCUAUUAAGGACACUAGUUUUGGUCCCAAAUCGGAUGUUUCCAUUCCAUUUGACCUCUCUAUUCAGGACACCUCCCUACUAAGGACAGCAUUUGUCAGUCCCGAGUGUGUCCUUAAUAGAGAGGUUCUACUGUAGUUUGUAGGCUGAUAGGCAUGGUCAUUCUGCCAAGGUAAUCUUGCCACGUAUUUGGUUCCGCAUUUUUAGCUCAGCUGACAAAGUCAGCGGAGCUAGUCAAAUAGCUAUUCGAUUGGUGUCUGUCCUUCCACCUAUCCUGCCAUCCUUCCAUCCAUCCAGCCAUCUGUAGGCAAAGUUGGGCAUUUUGUAAUCAUACAGCCGAGGCACUUCAAAUCUAGCCUUGCUUAUAAACACCGCAGAAAAUGUUGCUUUCGGAAAAGAAUUUGGGCGAUUCGACUCAAAUUCAGCUCCCAAGGGGGCAAAAUGCGUAAAUGAAAAAACAAUUUUUUGACGCUCUAUUCCAGCAGAUAAAAGCUCGAAAUAAAGUUGAAAUGGG